GGUAUUCUCUUUUUCUCUUUCUGUCUUCUGUCUUGUUUGCAUAUCGGGCAGAGAGAUGACGACGGCGGCAAGACCGACGUGGGCUCCGGCGAAAGGCGGAAACGAGCAGGGAGGAACGCGAAUUUUCGGCCCUUCGCAAAAGUACUCCUCCAGGGAUCUCGCUUCCCAUACGUCGCUGAAACCUAGAAAGGAUGGACAGGAUACCCAGGACGAGUUGCAGAGGAGGAACCUCCGACAAGAGUUGGAGGAACGAGAGAGGAGGCAUUUUUCCUCUAAAGAUAAAUCUUAUACAGAGGAUAGGGAUAGGAGGAAAGGCGCGGGGACAGGGCAGCUUCUCCUUGAAGGAGGAAAAAGAGAUACCGAGAAUCGAAUUGUUCCCCGGAGCAUAGAUGCUGACGACUCCGACGUUGAAGUUAAAAGUGAUGAUGAGAGUGAUGAUGAUGAUGAUGAUGAGGAUGACACGGAAGCUUUACUGGCUGAGCUUGCGAGGAUUAAAAAGGAGCGAGCUGAGGAGAAUCUUCGCAAGGAGCGACAGAAGCAGGAAGAGGAUUUGAAGGCUAAGGAAGCCGAGCUUAUGCGAGGCAACCCGCUAAUCAAUCUCAACAAUUCAUCUUCCUUCAAUGUUAAAAGAAGGUGGGACGACGGCGUUGUGUUCAAGAAUCAGGCUCGUGGUGAGGCAAAAGCGCCAAAGCGUUUCAUCAAUGACACCAUCAGAAAUGACUUCCACCGGAAAUUUCUUCAGAGGUACAUGAAAUGACUCAUCUGCUUUACUGUGGAAGGAAGCCUACAGGGUCCUGAAGUUUCUUGGAUAUCUUGCUUGAUUUUUAUGAUGAUUAUACACUAAUUACUACGAAACAGAAGUUUAUGUCUUCUGCUUCGAACUUUUAUGGCAUCUACAUGUAUAAUAUUGAAAUCUUUUAUAUUUGUAAAUCAAUGAUGUUAUUUGCAAUGUUGCAAAUGAGGAUAAAAUUCUCACC